AUGGAUCCAUUAAGCAUGAAAGAAUAUUUAGUAUUAAAACAUAUCAAAGAUGAAAAACAACAAAUAGAAAAAGAACCAAAAAUAAUUGACCCAAGCCAAAUCAGUGUAUCUAGUGAAUUGUGUGGCCCUGGUUUUUUUUCUCAGGUUUCCAUCGGUAAUUACAAUGGUAAGAAAGUUGCCUGUAAAUGUUAUCAAUUGAAGAACUUCAAGAGUGACAUGUUUUACAAUGAAAUCGCCAAUCUUAAACUAUUAAACCCACAUCAAUCUGUCCCCGAAAUCUACGCCAUUCUCAAGCUAGACUCUUUCUAUUAUAUUAUUAUGGAAUGGGUCAAUGGAACGACCUUAGAAAAUUACUUGAAUAACAACCCAAACUUUUUAUUCUCCGUGCUCCGUAAAAUCGUUAAAGCCUUAGCAUACAUGCAUUCCAUAGAAAACAAAUACCGUAUCAAGUUUGUGGACUUUGGUAUCAGCCGUAAUAAUGACCCAAAAGAACAAAUCCAAUGCAAAGGUAAAAGAGGAUGGAUCGCAACAGAACUAAAUGGCCAAACUCGUGCAGAUCUAAAUGAAAAAACUGAUGUGUACUCUUUUUCCGUUCUUCUCAAAGAGAUAUUUGCAAGUAAUAUUCUUUGGGAUAGCUUUUUAGGAAUUGAUUGGUAUAAAAUAUACUCAAAAUGCAGUGAUACAUCCCAAUCACAACACGUUAGGGUAUCUCAACUGAGGGCACACACUUUGUGUUUUUUAAUAAAAAACUCUAAUUUAAUUGUUUUAAAUUCCAUCGAAAAAUUUAAAUUAAAUAAAUAA